AUACAGCAACAAAAUCUCCAAAUCUAGACAGUUUCGUUUUAUGAUUCUCGCUAUAGUUGAUCAUACAUGCCAGUAUCUUUUCAGCAUUCGAAACAGUUUCAAGCUCAUAAGAAUUUUUUAUUUUACGUUCCUUAUUUUGGUCUUUGUUUGAAAUUAAUUGUUGAAGACUGUGUGGAUUGAAGUUUAAGCUUUAAAAAUAAUUUGAAUUUUAAUUGUGAAUUUUUUUAACUGAUCUUAAAAUGAAAAUUUUUCUGCAUCUCAUCAUUUGCGUCACAGUCAUUGCCUCAUUUGCCACAGCAAAGCCGCUAGAAACUAAGGAAGAAUCUGAGGUGAUUAUUACUGAAAAGUAUGUCGAAAGCACUGAGAUGUCUGAAGAUGUGACUGAAAAGCCACAAGAACUGAAUGACGAAACGAAUGUUGUGACUGAAAAGUAUGAAGAACUGACAGAAGAAGCACCAAAAUCAAAUGACGACACAAAAGAGCAACCAGAGAGCAUUGAAAAAUCACCACAAGAAAUUACAGACAACAAGAAAUCUGACAAAUUAGAGGAGAAAGUUUCAGUCCCAGAGGAAAAAUUAGAAAAGCCGGAAGACAAAGUUGAGGAGCCACAACAAAAAAACGUGGAAUCAGAAGCUGUAAAAGAAAAAGUCAUCAGUAAAGAAGAAAAAUCUGAAGGACCAACAACAGAAAAAGAUGAAGAAACAACAGAAAACAGUGAAGAUGCAUACCAGACAACAGAAAGUGACAAAGAUCAAGUGCCAGAAAGAACAGCAAAAAAGGAUGAUGAUGACAUAAAGCCAAGAACAUCAGAUCUCGGUCCUGUCUACUAUGUAUCAUCUAACGUUAAUGGAAGAUUUGGAAAAAGUGUGAGAUCAUACAAACCUGAUGAGUUUGAGUAAAGACUUUUUUAAGAAUGUAGACCGUUAAGGUGUGGAAACUGUGGAGUUUUUAAAAACUUUGAAGACAUUUUUAUAAAAUAUGAUUAAAACUUGAAAAUCAAAACUAAAAAAAUAAAUUUCUCAAAAAUUUAAAAUUAUUA